AUGGCAGCCGAUUGGAAGGACCAGUAUCUGGCCGCGCUGAAAGCCCGGGAUGCGGUCGAGAAAGUCAAUGUGGAGUUAUACGACCACUAUAACCGACUCGCGGAUCAAAAGGCCGAACUUCAGAAGCAUGCGGCCACAACCAGAUCAGGGGCAGAUGGAUCUGCUGUGACGCCUCUAAAUUCUGCACCAAUACCGUUGGUGGGAUUCAAACGCGUCUCAUCGCCUCCGCCGGAUCGAAAUUCACCAUCUUUGGCGCAGAUGCGACAAGAGCUUGCUAGGGCUCAGCAGGAGAGAGCUGACUUGCAAAUGCGGUUAGAGACAGGAACUCGUGAGCUCAAUGCGCUGAAGUCGACAGCCAGCCAGGAUACCAAGAAAAUGUCUCAACUUUCCAGCAGUGUCAAACAGCUUACUCUGAAGCUCAGAGAUCGAGACGAGGAACUCAAGGGGAAGGCCAAGCUCUUGGAGAAUGUUCAAGACGAAAACGUUACUCUCAACCUUCAGCUCAACAUGGCAGAAGAACAGCAGAAGAAGCUCAAGAAGGAGAAUCAGGAACUGGUCGAUAGGUGGAUGACUCAUAUGGGGAAGGAGGCUGAUAGAAUGAACGAUGAACACAAGUUUGGCUGA